AUGAACAUAAUAUACAAUGUAAUAGCAUACAUUCUAUGCUAUAAACUAUUAGUAGAAGGAAAAGACGCAACUGGCGUUAACUUUUUAAAUAGAUUUAAUAGAUCGGAUUUUAUUAUAAAUGAUCAAAGGUUUAAACCUUUAGAUUUAACCAAGAAUCUUUCAGGAACAGGUGUUACCAAAUUUGACAACGCCAAGAAAACUGAUGAAGAUGAUAAUCCCUCGUUUCGUAGAUCUAAAUUUUCAUUUAUCCAGAAUGAAAUAAACACAAAUGUGGAAUCAUCUGAUAAAAAUAAAAAUGAAAAAGACAAAUCUGGUGAUAGUCAAAAAAAUACUGAAAUAUCUUAUAGUGAAAAAUCUAAAACAACUAACGAAGAAAUAAUAAAAAAUGGAAAGAAUUUUUAUAUAAGUGGAGGCAUAACAGAAUAUGGAUAUAAUAAUGACGAGGAAUUUUAUAAUUCUUUUCAUGUUAACAAUAAUAGGAAACCAGUUAAAAUUAACAGUUUAUGUUUCGAUUUAACAGACACAGAGAGUUGUCAACAAAAUUCUAAUUGUUUUUAUGAUGGCAUAUACAAAACAUGCUUUCAAAAAUGUAGUUUGUUGAAUGAAUCAGAUUGUUUAAAAUAUAGCGAAUGCAAGUAUGAAAACGGAACAUGUGAAAAUCAUGGAUUUUUGUCAAUUAAGGUUUUUGAUAAUGAUUUCGGGCCAGAUAUACGAUCGUGUGAAUUAUUUGAAUCAGAAGAGUCAUGCUAUUUAAUGGAAACGCGCUAUAAACAAAGUGAUAAUAAUAAUCGAACAAAUUUUAAUUGUGUUUGGCUAACAUACAAUCACGAAAUAAAGAAAAAUAAACAAAAUUCAAAUGAUAAUCUGGAAAAAAUUGAUAUGAAUAGCACAAUAAGUCAAAAUGUAAAGAUGGAAAAACAAAAUGAUGGAAAUAUGAACUAUAUUUUAAGAAAAAAUAAUCCAGAAGGCAUUGCUAAAGAUGAAAAAUUCAUUUCACUUUUAGAGAUAAAAUUAAAUAGUAAAAAGAAGAAAGGAAAUAGUGUAAAUAAGGGAAAUAAAAAUGGUGGAAAAAAAAAUGAUAAUGAUGAAGAAGAAAUUCUAAAUGAUGAUGAAUCUGGCAUUGACUUAGAUGAUAUAGAUGAUGAUGAUUUCAAGGAUGAUGAAGAAGACGAUGAUGGGAUCGAAAAUGAUAAAAUGAACGAACCUCAUGAGGAUAAAAAUAAUAUACAUAAUAAUAUGGAAAACUCAACUUCAAGCGCUACAAUAGCAGAUUCUCAAAAUAAUAUACAAAUGGAGAAAAAAAAUACAGAAGGAAAUAUAAAUGAAGUUAGUAAAAAUCUUGAUGACAUCAAUAAAUUUGAACAAAAUCGCGAACAAAAUGAAUUAUUAAAUUAUAGAAAUAAUAAUAACGAUAGUAAUAGUAAUCAUGAAAGUAAAUUGGAAGAAAGUAUAAAUAUUCAAAAUAAUGGUGAAAAGGAGCAUGAUAUAAAUGGUUCAUUUCCUGAAUUGAUAGAAAAUGCCGUGAAAAUCAGUGCUGAACCAAUUGAAAAUGAAGGUAAAAUAAAUAAUAUGAAUAUAAAUGGAGGUAACAUAUAUGAUUUGGAUAGAGAUAAACAUCUUUCAAUUGAGAAAGAAGUAGUACAGCAUGACUUCCAUAAUUCAUUAAAUAAAGAAAAUACUAAUAAUCCUCAAAAAAAUAAUGAAUAUGAAGAUAUUAUUAUGAUAGAAACUCCCAUUUGUACAAAUUUGAACAACAAGCCUAGACCAUCUGUUUUAUUAGAAGGUGCAUUGCUAGCUGAAAGUGAGGCAGAACUAAGAAAAAUUAAAAAAGUAUAUAAUUUACCUGAAGAAGAAAUAUGUGUUAAACCAGCAAAAGAAACUCAUAUUAUUUAUAAUCCAAACAAGGAAUAUUAUUUAGUGGGAGAAAAAAUUGAAGUUACAUGCCAAAAGGGAUAUAAGAUAUAUGGUAAAACAAAUAAUACUUUAUGUAUUGGUAGAAACAAAAUUAUGCCAAAUAUAUUUUGUGAAUUAGAAAAUAAUAAUGAAUCUAGACACGAAAAUAUUUAUAAACUUAAAAAUGACCCUAAUGUAGGUAUAAAUUAUUCGUUUUCUAUCUUUCUUGGUAUUAUAAUUUUUGUUUUUACCGUUUUUUAUUCGAUUUAG